AGCAAUCUUAAGCAAUCUCGACAGCGGCUUCGAGUUAGAAGCUCGCAUGUUUCUUUAAAAGUUUUCAGCAGAGAAAAAUCAAUUUAAAUGAACAAGUUUUUAUAAACUUUAUUGUUGAGAAAUAAAAAUGUUGGUGAGAAUAUCCAAGACGUCGCUGACGACGGCUAUCAAAAACAGUUCUACCCAAGCAAAACAUUUCAAUUUUUGGCAAAAAUGUUCCUUAUCCUCGCAAACAAAAUCGACUGUCAAUAUCCCUUCCAAAGAGAACGUAACUCCAUUUCCACCAUUAACAGAACCAAUACCUGAUCUCCCUAAACCAAUUUAUUCAACUGCUAAAGAAGAACAUCAAGUAACCCAGAUUAGUGUUUUAUCAAAUGGUUUAAAGGUUGCAUCAGAAAAUCGUUUUGGACAAUUUUGUACCAUCGGUGUACUAAUUGACUCAGGACCUCGUUAUGAAGUAGCUUAUCCUAGUGGGAUAUCUCAUUUUCUUGAGAAGCUUGCUUUCAAUUCAACCAAGUCAUUUGAUAGUAAAGACACAAUAAUGCUUGCUCUUGAAAAACAUGGAGGUAUUUGUGAUUGUCAAGCAUCGCGAGAUACUUUUGUUUAUGCAGCAUCAGCUGAACGUAAUGGUCUUGAUAUGGUUGCCAAAGUUUUAGGAGAUAUUGUUCUAAGGCCUCGAAUAUCCGACGAAGAGGUGGACAUAGCGCGACAGACUGUACAAUUUGAAUUGGAGUCAUUGCUGACAAGACCAGAACAAGAACCACUGCUUAUGGACAUGAUACAUGCGGCUGCCUAUCGAGAUAAUACAUUGGGAUUGCCAAAAAUCUGUCCGGAAGGCAACAUACAAAAAAUCGAUAGGAAAAUUUUAUUCACGUACCUGAAGCACCAUUAUACACCGAGUAGGAUGGUUGUAGCGGGUGUAGGUGUCGAUCACAAGGAAUUUGUCAGUGCUGUUGAAAAAUACUUUGUGGAUGAGAAACCAAUAUGGGAAGAAGACAAAGAUCUAGUUCUACGAGAUAGAGCAUCUAACUUCGUGGAUGAGUCUAUAGCCCAAUACACAGGCGGUAUAAUUUUGGAAGAGUGUAAUGUUCCUGUAUAUGCUGGUCCUAGUGGACUACCAGAACUAUCACAUGUUGUAGUGGGUCUGGAAGGAUGUUCACAUCAGGAUCCUGAUUUUAUUGCAAUGUGUGUCUUGAAUAUGAUGAUGGGUGGUGGUGGUAGUUUCAGUGCUGGAGGUCCUGGCAAGGGCAUGUAUACACGUUUGUAUACUAACGUUCUUAACAGGUACCACUGGCUCUACAGUGCAACUGCAUAUAAUCAUGCUUAUGCAGACACAGGCCUCUUUUGUAUUCAUGCGUCUUCCACACCGACACAUGUUAAGGAAAUGGUAGAAGUUGUCGUUCACGAGUUGGUAGCAAUGGCUGGUAGUAUAACGGAUAAUGAAUUGUCGAGAGCAAAGAAGCAACUACAAUCGAUGUUGUUGAUGAAUUUGGAACAAAGACCAGUUGUCUUCGAAGAUAUUGGUAGGCAAGUACUUGCUACUGGAUCGAGGAAACGUCCAGAAUAUUUUAUACAAGCAAUUGACAUGAUAACCAAAGAUGAUGUGUUCAGAGUGGCGCGACGUCUUUUGAAAUCAUCGCCAAGCGUUGCAGCUCGUGGUGAAGUUCGACAUGUACCAUCCCUGUCCGAUCUUCAAGCCGGAUUACUCGAUUCCCAUGGUCGCAUGCCAGGAUCACGUAGUAGAUUAUCUCUUUUUCGUUAACGAUUUUUUCGCAAAAUCGAGUGAAUUCAUCUUUAGGAAUAUUCUGAAGAAACGUCCUAGGAACCCUUGACAAAAUUUAAGUGAAAAGUAAUAAUUACCUUAUUCACGUGUCAGUUGUCACGUGACCAUACUGAUAGUAUGGCGUUCCAUGCAAUUUUUGACGAACAGUAGGAUCAUCGAACGAUUCUUAGAGAACUGUAAUAAAAUAUAUGAUUGAAAUUGUCAUCGGAAUCGUAUGACAGUUAUCGUUGAAUAGGAAAAGAAAAUUUGAACCUAAUUAAAGUAAUUGCAAGAUUUUCAGACGAAACUAAAUUACCUGUAUUUUUAUUUUACGAUUUCAUUUGUUUAUCUGUUAUAGUUAAUUUUCGUAUUUCUUCUUGUUUACCAUGCAGUUUAAAAUUCGUUCAAAUUUUAUGAAAAGUCUGAUAUGUACUUCCAACGAAGAAUGAACAGCUGAAUAGAACAAAAGAAAUUUAAAUAUGAAUAAAUCUUUUUAUAAAUGAAACAAAUAGAAAAUGGUGUUAAAGUUAUCGUGAGGAAAUGUCUACAUUUUUAUUACAAAGUCAAUUUAAUAUUCCAUGUUUUUUAACUGUGGAAUUAAUUCGAUCAUUAUAUCUUCUUGUUAUGUCCGUUUUCUCAGCAUUUUUAUUAAAAUAAUUUUUAUUGUUUAUUGUCUGGACCUAAUCAAUGACUCCAAAAUAUUAAGAUGAGGUUUUUCUAAAUUUUGAUCGUUAAUGCAUAAUAAGCAAAAGUAACAUCUUAUUAGUUCCGCCACGUAUAAGAUGAGCAAUUAUCCUUAAUUUGUUUUUAUGAAAAACAUAUAGAUAGUUAACAAUUAAUAGAUAUCCACUCAGGUACGCCAGCUGAUUAAUGAUACCAACUCGCUAAUCAUUUACAAAUAAUAUCUUUUACAGCAACAAUCGAGGAAUGAUGGAGACAUCCUACACGAAAGUUUGAAAAAUUAAAUAUCUAAUAUGUAAACAUUUUUGUAUCGGAUUUUGACUUCAAAAAGAAUUCAUUCAAUUCAACUAGGGAUACAAGAGGACCAUUUCAAAUCGUAAUAAAGCCUACAUUUUAUGCGUA